GCUUGUUGAAGAGAAUGUUUGAAGAUAUCAUUAUCGAUCCAGUCGCAGCUACUGAACCAGAGACAACACCACAUAGCGAGGAACCAACUGCUAGUUCCUUUAAUAAGGAUGAUUUUGUCUUCUUACCAUCAUUCCUGGGCGUCAUAGAGCAACUUCAGACUGGCAGUGAUCAAGCUAAAAUCGGUCGCGCCGUGUCAGAUUUAUGGGACAAGUUUGAUCGCGCUCAGCUGCUUUUAUCAGAACUUCCUGGUAUUCAGUACACGAAACAAGAACAAGAAGCUAUUCUUGAGCAGGAGAAAAAGUUACUCCAGCUUCGUCAGCAGCAGCUUGCGAACCAUUUGAAUACAUCUCCCAUAACCAACAGCUCUGCUGAGGAGCCAUCUAGCUAAAAUCGCAUCUCAGCAUAUUCGCAACAAUCAAAAGGCUACAUAAGACCGCUUCAUCAAGAACAAAAAUGCGAUAGCCUAUAAUCCCAUUGCUUUGUCGAUGCUCGAACGAUGACACCACACGUAGCGAUCAAGCCCAACUCAACUGAUGAUACCCUCCGACCUGUCUGUUUAAAAUUAGAUGCACAUUUUAUUGUAAUAUUUUACUUAUGCACUGUAUCUGUUGAAAGCCAAUAGUGCUGUAAUAGUCUCUUUGAAAGACUGUGUAAUAAAAAUAUGACGCCACUAGUUUUUCACGCGACGCGACCAAUUUUUUUUUGGCACACUCCCUGA